CCAACAUUGUCUUGAAGCAGAGAGUUUCGAAAUUCCGAAAACUUUAAUCGAGAKUUUGAAGUGUGAAAAUUCUAUGGCAGAAGAGAAAAAGAAGCCAAAACGACACUAUCAAGUCUGGAAAGGAAGUAAUAAAUUCUUUUGUGGGGGACGAUUGAUCUUUGGUCCCGAUGUGGCUUCUUUGUUUUUCUCCAUUCUCCUGGUUGCAGGCCCUGCAGUAUCUUUCUGUAUUAAAGUCUACAACAUCAUCAAUCACAAUAAGGAACACGAUAAAUAUAUUGGUUAUUGGUAUGGAGUGUUGAUCGUGGCAGUUGCUCUCACUUGUUUGGACAUAACGUUUCUUUUCAUGACGUCCAGUAGAGACCCUGGUAUAGUCCCACGAAACGCAUCACCACCUGACCCAGAUGAAACAUAUGAGAUGAACACCCCUUCAAUGGAGUGGAUCAAUGGAAGAACUCCUCGUUUGAAAUUACCAAGAACAAAGGAUGUCAUUGUGAACGGUCACUCGGUCAAAGUCAAAUACUGUGAUACGUGUAUGCUCUAUCGUCCUCCCCGAGCCUCACAUUGCUCCGUAUGCAAUAAUUGUGUUCAGAGAUUUGACCAUCACUGUCCAUGGCUUGGUCAAUGCAUUGGACUUCGUAACUAUCGAUUCUUCUACAUGUUUAUAUCAACAUCAACCAUCUUGUGCAUAUAUGUGUUUGCCUUUACAUGGAUCAACAUAGCUCAACAAGAAGACAGGGUUUUGAAGACUAUGUCAACGGACAUUUUGUCAGAUUUUCUAUUAGUUUACUGCUUCAUUGCAGUUUGGUUUGUGGGGGGCCUAACAAUUUUCCACUUCUAUCUUAUUUGCUCAAACCAGACAACAUAUGAAAACUUUCGAUACCGAUAUGAUAAGACGAAUUUAUAUCACAAGGGAGUUAAAAAGAACCUUGCAGAAAUCUUUCUUUCCAAGAUCCCUCCUUCGCUGAAUGAUUUCCGGGCAUAUAUUCAAGAAGAUGACAGCAUAGUGAUGGAGCCCACUAGUCCAAAUCUUGGGAGUACGUCAAAGGAAAAAAUUGACAUCGAAAUGGGAAAUAAGUUUGUAGAAGCAAGUGGCCUUUCACUUCCACAAAUUUUACAGAAUUUGCAUCAUAAACACCUAGAGGACAACAUGAGAAGUAAGGAGGGAAAUGGAGCAUCCGAUUCUCUCCCGUCUCCCUUCUGUCUUGAAACAAAAGAAGACAGUGCUAAUGCAGAGGAUAAAUGUGACGAAGAUUCUGUAACUCCUGAAAUUCAGCCUGUUCAUCAAGUAUAGAGGUUCGGCAUUCAAGUUAUGCUUUGGCWAUCAUCAAUCCGAGUAUUUUUCACAAUUGAAAUGGGCAAAUGGCAUUCUUGGGUGGCUCAGGGAUGGUGUUUAAUGUAAAUGUAUGUGUAGAACCUUGCCAUUUAUAUGCUGAACAAGAACAAGGACAAGGGUAAAGRAAUGAGGAACAUGACUGACUGUUGUAAUUGGAA